GGAAGAGGAGGGCGGUGAGAAGAGAGCGGGAAGGUCUUGGCAAACUGAGGAAACGGAGCGGCGGCCGAGCGACCCGCCCUCAAGUGGGAGCUGCGGCGUCCGUUGCGGUUGCUGCGCGUGGCGCCCUCAGAGUUCGAAAGGGGCGGAGCGGAGGCCUCCCGGGGCGCGAGCGCGGGCAACAUGAGCAGCAGAGAAGGAACAGGUGAGUUCCGAAAAAGAAAGCAUGACAAUUUCCCUCAUGGUCAUCGAAGAGAAGAAAAAGACAGCAUUAAUCCUCCUUCAGCUAUGACUAUGUCCUUCAAAGCGUUCCAGGUGGAACUUGAUACAAAACAUGAUAAAUAUGAGAGGCUUGUGAAACUUAGUCGUGAUAUAACUAUUGAAAGUAAAAGGGUCAUAUUCUUACUGCAUAGGAUUACCAGUGCUCCUAAUGGGGAGGAAAUAUUAAUGGAAUCUGAGACCAAAUUAGAUCUCGUGAGACAGAAGAUAAAACAAGUAGCGCAAGAAUUGAUGGGAGAAGAUAUGUAUCAGUUUCACAGAGCCAUCUCUCCAGGUCUUCAGGAAUAUGUGGAAGCUGUCUCAUUCCAGUAUUUUAUCAAAACUCGGUCAUUAGUUAGUAUAGAGGAGAUCAAUAGGCAACUGAUAUUUUCAGAUGAAGAUAAAGAGGAAGAAGCAAAGCCAUCUUCUGAUUGUCACAACAAGCAACAUAACACUUCAAGCCUGAAGGUGACUCCUGUAGAUUACCUCCUGGGAGUGGCUGAUCUGACUGGAGAGCUGAUGCGGAUGUGCAUUAACAGUGUUGGCAAUGGGGACAUAGAUACCCCAUUUGAGCUGAGCCAGUUCCUGCGCCAGAUCUAUGAUGGCUUUUCCUAUAUUGGCAACACUGGACCAUAUGAAGUUUCUAAAAAACUCUAUACCUUGAAACAGAGUUUGGCCAAAGUGGAAAAUGCCUGCUACACAUUAAAAGUCAGGGGGUCUGAGAUACCAAAACAUAUGUUAGCUGAUGUGUUCUCCAGCAAAACUGAAAUAAUUGACCAAGAAGAUGGGCUUUCCUAAACUACUUAGAAACUUCAUGGCAAAAAAUAAAAAAUGAGAGGGGAACUGUAGAAUUGUAAGAAAGUAUUUCGUUACUUUGGAUUUGUUUAUCAGAAGUAUCUUUUUCUUUUUAAUUUCUUACGUUUUGGGAUAGAAGAACCAGAAUAAUUUGUAUAUAUAUAAAAAUGUUCUUAGAUAGUGACUUUACAAGCCCACUAGACUCAUUGGUCAGUGCGAAAUCUACUUUGUAAUGCUAUUUAUUCUCACAAAUGGCACUGUUUAUAGUCUAAAUUUUAUUGUUAUAGACCCACUUCAAUCUCCCUUUGUAAUUGAGAGGUAUUGGGGAAGGGUUAUAGUGCAUACACUCAAUGUUGUAACAUUUUUUUCUCAUUUCUGUUUGAGUUUCACUUCCUGAAUAGUGACGGCUGAGGAAAAAAAAAAGUAUUAUAAUCAACACGUCAGAUUCCAAGGGACUUAAAAUAGAGAAUGUUUGAAUGAGAAAUGUACCUUGGAGAAACUAAUUAACUAAGGUUAUGCAAUAUUUUUGGGCCCUUACUCACCUCUUUGAACAUCCUGCCUUAACGCUAGCUUUCUGUUGCUGAAAAUGACGCCAAGCAAAACAAGCCUGGAAAAGCUGUAAUAAUUUAUCAUGCUUGUUUGUAACAGAAGCAAGUUCUGACAGUUCUGAGUAAUAUUAAUACAUACACACUGUUAAUGUAAACUUCCAAUUCCAAUACCUUACUGUUCAGUUGUCAAUGCCGUGUUUUUAAAAAUGAAGUGUUCACUAGGCUAAUACUUUGCAAAUUACUACUUGUCUUUGCUAACUGUAUUGCUGAACAAUGAUACAAUGAUGCUUAUUGACAGUUUGUCAUCUAACAUGCGUUGGUGCUUAUGACCAGCUCAUGAUUCUUAUUACUGCUUCAUAUAUUGCCAAAUUACCAGGAUCAUAUCUGUGCAGGAAAUAGAGCAAUUUCCAUAUAUAGGUUGUAAUGCUUGUUCAUAUGUGAGGAAAUGGCUGUUGGCAGCAGCUUGUCAGUGUAUAUAUGCCCAACAAUUUACGCACACACACAUUCCUCAUCCCAUUCUGAUAUACUAUGAGUAAGACAUGUACCCAGGCCUGUGUGUCAUUUGUGCUCUUCAUCAGAAGUGUUUGACACCAAUGGUAGGUGAGAUCCACAACUCACUUGUUCCAAGUUCAGGUGUUGUUGAUCUCUCUUCUUGAUUAUGUACUUUGGCUUGAAUCCUCACUUCCUCUCUUUGAAUAGAACAGUUCCAUGAAUGGAACAGGGCUUUCCUGCUCCCCACUUCCCACUAUAGCACCCCACGUUCACUGGAAAUCCAUUCCUGUGGAACCUUUGGAAAUGGUGUGGGAUAUGCUGUUUGGGAUUACACAUGGAAGGGAAAGCCAGUAAAAAUCACCACCCCUUGUGCAAAUGGAAGAGCAACUUAGAAUCCAAGCCAUUGUGUUGGGGGAAGAGAUGGGAAAUAAAAUUUAUAUACAAAAAAAUACUUUGAAGUAGUAGAAGAACCAGGUCCAUUAAUGACAUAAAUCCCUGCCGUUGCUUCUGUAUGGCAAAUGGUCUGUUGCCAUGGCAUAGUUUCAGAAGUAUAAUAUAAGAGCAAAUAUUUGUCAUUGGUAAUUAUCACAGGUUUCUCCAGUCUGUAAUAAGAGUUUAAAAUGUAAUGUAUCCCCUCAUUAUUGAAUGUUAUGAGUGUUGGUGUUUCUAUAUUUUUUUCCACAAUAAACUAAUGAAAAUAA